GGCCGCUGCUGCGCGCCAUCAUCAUGGGGCCGCCGGGCUCCGGGAAAGGCACCAUCUCCGCUCGGAUUAUCAAGCACUUCGGCGUGAAGCACCUCUCCAGCGGCGACCUGCUGAGGGACAACAUGCAGAAGAAGACAGAAGUGGGAAUCCUUGCCAAGUCCUACAUUGACCAAGGGCAGCUUAUUCCAGAUCACAUCAUGACACAACUAAUGCUGAAUGAGAUCAAAGGUUUAGACCAGUACAACUGGCUAUUGGAUGGUUUCCCCAGAACAGUUGCUCAGGCAGAAGCACUCGAUAAAGAAUGUCACAUAGACACUGUGAUUGACCUAGACGUGCCAUUUGAGACCAUAAAGUGUCGGCUUACAGCACGCUGGAUCCACCCUGCCAGUGGCAGAGUUUACAAUCUUGAAUUCAGUCCUCCCAAAGUACAGGGCAUUGAUGACAUUACUGGCGAGCCCCUUGUUCAGCGUGAUGAUGACAAGCCAGAGACUGUCAGCAAGAGGCUCCAGGCUUAUGAUGCACAAACAAAACCUGUCUUAGAAUAUUAUCGGAAAAAAGGGUUAUUGAAAUCAUUUUCUGGAACAGAAACCAAUAAGAUCUGGCCACAUAUCUAUGCUUUCCUUCAAACCAAGUUGCCAGAUGUGAGCCAGAAAGAUGCUACCAACCCCAGGUGAAAAUGGGUCAAACUUCUUAUCUGUCAUAGCUCACUCCCAAUUACAUGAGAUUCUGCAAUCAAGGAUUUGUCCAAGUAGUCUACCAGACUCAUCAAUAAUUUAACUCCAGUACUGUCCUUAACUUACACUAAAUUUUGUUGCCUGUGGUUACCACUUCAAUGCUGUAUUUUUUUGUAUUAAAUAUACCUAAUUUCAAAAAUACAGUAAUUGUCCUUAACAAAAGCCA